AUGUCGACGGCCGUAUCUCCUGCCUCACCAGACGGGUCAUACCAGCCCAGCCGAUCGAGCUCGGAAAGCCGAGAUGUAGAGAAGCAACAGCUGCAGGGGGGCCGAGAUCCGAAUAUCGUCGUCGAUUGGGAUGGGCCUGAUGAUCCGGUACCGAAUGUCUGCUGCUUACACUUCGCAACACUUCACCCCGAUAUCCUGACCAACCUCCCUCCCCCUCGGGAAUCCCCACGGAACUUCUCUCGAGCCGGGAAAUGGACCAUCACAGUCGUGCUCGGCCUGAUGACAGUAUCCGUCACCUUCGCCUCGUCCGUCUUCUCGGCUACAGCUUCGGACCGCUCUUCCUCGGCCCCCGUCCUCCUGGAACGGCGCGCAAAACACCUCCGCUUCGAAUCCUGCAACUGGGCCCUGCACGCCCGCUCCGAGGAACGCCCCGUCGACGAUUGA